ACGACCUACUUGGCAAUGCCUCCUCUAGUAAAGGAGGCAUUGGUCGUGGUCAUUUAAUUUGUGAGCGUGAUUUCAAGAGGACCCCAGUGCACCGCUGUUAGCUGCUCAAGCUGCUCAAGAUAGUUUCAUGAGAACUCUUAGUCGAAGAACAGUGCAGCGUACUCUUGAUGCGCUCGUUUCCUGCUCGGUGGUGGUAUCGUGGGUGUUCGCUGUCUACACGGGGCUCUUCGUGUCUUUGAAGCACCUUGAGCAUGCGUAAAAGCUGUCAUGCAGAAGGAAGCCGACAACGCCGUCAUACAGGAGAAACUACGGGAGCUGACGCACGUCAUACAGCAAUGCCAGGAAGAGCGAAACCGGAGUGAGCACAACCUGACCAACAUCACCAAGACUCAUGAACGCAUCCAGCAGGAGCAGAAGCUGUCACCCUACUACAAGUCCAAGCUGCGAGGCCAGUACAAGACCGCACUGCAGGACGCUGAAAGCGAGGAAGAGCUGCUUCGCAAGGCCCUGGACAUCAUCUUCGAGAUCCGUACUGUCCGCAAUGAACGACGUAUUGCAGCCAAAAAUUCAGGCAGCGUAGGCAGACGGAGCACAUCUUUUUCAGAACGCCCCAAGGAAGCUCUGCGUCGGGGGGCCCUGAUGAAGAUGCUCCAGCAGAAUGCACUCACGCUGCCCCUGUUCAUUGGCAAGGAGGAUGAAAAGCCACCACCACUGUGCGGGGCCAUUCCGGCUGAGCCAAACUACGUUGCGAAGGUUGGUGACAUGGUAGCAGCCUUGGCACGUGGUCCUGAUGAUGAUGAGAACUGGAUUCUAGCAGAAGUGCUUCACUACAGUCAUGGCAGCGCCAAAUAUGAGGUGGAUGACAUCGACGAAGAGCAGAAGGAGAGACACACACUGAGCCGUCGCAGAGUUGUUCCCCUACCGCUCCUGCGAGCAAAUCCCCUGACCGACCCCUCGGCAUUAUUUGCCAAGGGAACACUCGUGAUGGCAUUGUACCCACAGACUACUUGCUUCUACCGGGCACUGGUUCACGAGCCCCCCAGUGGUCCCCAGGAUGACUAUCUCGUACUGUUUGAAGAUUCGUCAUACCCGGAAGGCUAUUCACCCCCUCUUGCAGUUGCACAACGUUAUGUCAUCUGCUGCAAAGAGAUGCGUAAAAAGUAGUGCUCAGUCUUUUGGUAUUUUGCACAGGGCAGCUGCAUGUAUUAUGGCUGCAGUUGUUGCUGUGUGUUCCACUGACGGAGCAAAGCUGUACAAAUGGAGUGCCCAAACUUUCAAGGGAUCAGCUUUAGGAGGGAAAGAAAUUGGCAAGAUUUAUGUUCUGCCCCCUUUUUCUUUGUGGAAUAAGUUUAGACCUGACAGUGGUGAGUAGGGUUUUGCCGCACUGAUCGAUUCCUUCACAGUCCUUGCUGUGAAUGAGGUAGCAGCUAGGGCCACUAUUUUGUAUUGAUGCCUUUUUUGAUGCUAAUGCCCUUUUGCACAUUUUGAACUUCAGCAGUUGUCGGAGCAAUGCUCUGCCCGCAUUAUGAACAAUAUCAGCUGGCCGUGAUUGGUGCUGAAUGAUAAGACUAGCAUGGAAUUGAGUGGAAGGCAUCGCUACAGAAUAGCAACCAUGAUUGCUCUUGUCUGCUCUCUGCGUAGAGCUUUUCCUAUGCAUGAUUGUGCACAUCCACUUCACAGUAUUUAGUAGAUUCUAACGCACACUUUUUUUAGGGAAAUUUUACUGAAAUAUGACAUUUGCAUAAUUACCAAUGUGAAAUAAAAACUGCAAUAGGUGGUGCAAUAAUAUCGCCUUCUCUGCCAAUUUUGUAUGAAGCGUAAGAUUGCAUGUUCUGGGCAUUUGAUAUCAAUAAGGAGACCUCGGGCUGCAACAAAGAGUAAUAUGGUCAUUUUCUUUUUCCAAGUGAGGAGAAAUCAUUAUUUCUCUCUCGUUCAUUAAAAAUUGGGUGGUAGAACAAUCAAAGGUAUUGCAAAUUGCAUUUUUUUUUUUGCAGCAAAGCUGUUAAAGCAAGUUUCACAGCCGUUGUCAUGUGGCAAUGAAGGCCGGAAUGUGGCAACGAGCUUGGUAUCAACAGCCAGCAAAGCAACCUCUGUCGGAGUCCUGUAUUAUUGCUUUGAAACUUUAAUAUCAAUGAUUAUAAGAUAACUACCUUGCGUAUGCAUCACUGAAAUGGAAAAAAACUUAUUUGCGUACCAGUAAUCUGUAACUCUUUUUCUCAUGUCACAUUUACCGGCUCCAUGCUGGAAGUCAGCUAGGAGUUUGUACAGCCACCGCUGUGAAAGCUGGUGGCAUAGUCUGGCAAGGCAGCCUGCGUGGAAGCCCUAAAGUGCUCAUAUAACCAGGGUAUCAGCGAUCAGUCAUUACUGAGAACAGUCAGCAAACAGAACCCUAAAAGAAUAAUGUGAAAAUUUGCUUUUACAGCUUCGUUGUGUUGUAUCACUUGCUCAGAUUGGCAAUAUGAAAUUCAUGGUCCGUGUUACAAUCGAGGCUGCGUUAUAAACAAGUAAAUACUUGCCACUGAAUGUUGCACAUGAAAUCCUAUUUGAUAUUGCCAUCAAGACUUCAUCCAUCUAUCCAUCCAUAUGGCUUUUUUUUACAUCUCUAUGAAUAACGCUUAUACAUAUGCUUGUCAAUUACAUGAGCUGCCACACUUGAAUGAACUGAGUGAUAUGAAAUUUGUGAUAUUGUUGCUUCACUUUGCAUUUUGUUUGUGUUGGUAGCAUUUUUGGCAGAUGCUAUAUGCCUAAUUUGAUUUGUUCAGGGCACUUAUUCAGUAGUAUUUGAUGAAAUUUUGAGACAUGGAAAAGCAUUUCUUAAUGUUGGCGUCCAGUGACAGCAUUGCACUUAUUCAGAGGCUAGCAGCACUCCUCCAGUACAGUCAGGAAAUUCUGAUUUGAAUUUCCAUUCUUAUCAUUUUAUCUCUAUGAAGAACACUUCUGCAUAUGCAUCUCAAUUUCAUGAGCUACUUAAUUAGAAUGAACCAGGUGAUACAAAAUUUGUGAUAUUACUUCACUUCAUGUUUUGUAUUGUUUGGAGCAUGUUGUGGUGAUGAGCAGAUAUUAUAUGCCCGAUUUGGUUUGUUGAAAGCACUCAUUCUAUAGUAUGUGCCGAAAUUUCGGAAAAGAAAAUUCAAUCUGCAGCUCUAGCAACAGGCUGCUAGUGGGAA